UGCAAACCCCAUUGUUCCCUCUUCUUGCUAGUUGUUAGCUAGUGCCCUCUUACUCAUCACCAUACUCAAACAGAAAAAAAAAAACCCAAGUCCAAUAUUUUAAGGCUAGCCAUAUUUUAAUCAAGUUCACUAAUUUAGUCUCAGCAAAUUCUGAACCCCCAACAAAGCACCCACCUUUGUCAACCUGCAAUAAAGAAUUGGAUUUCAGUUAUCCUUUGCCUCCUCCAUUCCCCAUUCCUCACCAUAUCUUCUCUCUCUCUGGUUUUGGUUUUUGGCAAUAAUGGCUACCUUGGCCGACAUUGGGGUCUCUGCUGCAAUCAACAUUCUCUCUGCCUUUGCUUUCUUGCUAGCCUUUGCUCUUCUCAGAAUCCAACCCAUCAAUGACAGGGUCUACUUUCCCAAAUGGUACAUCAAUGGAGAAAGAACCAGCCCAAGGAGCACUGGGAAUUUUGUAGGGAAAUUUGUCAACCUCAAUUUCAAGACUUACCUUACUUUCCUCAACUGGAUGCCACAGGCUCUGAGAAUGAGUGAGAAUGAGAUUAUCAAUCAUGCUGGUCUUGACUCUGCUGUUUUCCUCAGAAUCUACACUCUUGGGUUAAAGAUUUUUGUUCCGGUGACAGUUGUGGCACUCCUCAUUCUUAUUCCAGUCAAUGUAUCAAGUGGGGCAUUAUUCUUCCUAAAAAGAGAUUUGGUCGUGAGUGAUAUUGAUAAACUCUCAAUAUCAAAUGUUCCGUCCAAAUCUUCAAGAUUUUUUGUUCACAUAGGAUUGGAAUACAUGUUCACACUAUGGAUUUGUUUUCUACUUUACAAGGAGUAUGACAAUAUAGCAAUGAUGAGAUUGCAUUUCUUGGCUUCACAGCGCAGGCGUGUGGAGCAAUUCACAGUAGUCGUCAGGAGUGUCCCUCAUAUUUCUGGUCACUCAGUAUCAGAUUCCGUCGAGAGCUUCUUUCAAACAAACCACCCAAAUCAUUAUAUUGGACACCAGGCUGUCUACAAUGCAAACAAAUUUGCGAAGUUGGUAAGAAGACGAGAUAGACUUCAAAAUUGGUUGGACUAUUACCAGCUUAAGUUUCAGAGGCAUCCUGACAAGAGGCCAACUAUCAACACAGGUGUUUUAGGGCUUUGGGGUAGGAAAGUUGAUGCUAUUGAGUACUACAGCCAUACAAUUAAGGAGCUUGAUAAAGUCAUGACAUUGGAGCGCCAGAGAAUUAUAAAAGAUCCCAAAUGCAUUUUGCCAGUUGCUUUUCUUUCAUUCAGUUCUCGUUGGGGAGCAUCAGUUUGUGCACAAACCCAACAAAGCAAAAAUCCUACACUCUGGCUCACUGAUUGGGCUCCAGAGCCCCGUGAUAUAUACUGGAGGAACCUGGCCAUACCAUUUGUUUCUUUAAGCAUCCGAAAACUUGUUAUAUCACUAUCAGUGUUUGCCUUGGUAUUCUUCUACAUGAUUCCCAUUGCUUUUGUGCAAUCCCUUGCAAAUUUGGAGGGUCUUGAAAGAGUUGCUCCUUUCCUCAGACCAGUAAUAGAAUUGAAAUUCAUCAAGUCCUUUCUACAAGGUUUUCUUCCUGGUUUGGCCCUUAAAAUAUUCUUAUAUAUUCUACCGGCAGUUCUGAUGAUCAUGUCGAAAAUUGAGGGACAUAUUGCUAAGUCAACACUUGAGCGGAAGACAGCAGCAAAAUAUUAUUACUUUAUGCUGGUGAAUGUUUUCUUGGGAAGUAUAGUGACCGGGACUGCAUUUGAGCAACUGCAUUCUUUCCUCCACCAGUCACCUACACAGAUUCCUAGAACAAUUGGGGUUUCCAUUCCAAUGAAGGCUACUUUCUUUAUGACAUACAUAAUGGUUGAUGGCUGGGCUGGAAUUGCUGGUGAGAUUCUCAGAUUAAAGCCAUUGGUUAUAUAUCAUCUCAAGAACAUGUUCAUAGUUAAAACUGAGAGAGAUAGAGGAAAGGCCAUGGACCCUGGGAGUGUGGACUUCCCUGAGACUAUUCCAAGUCUUCAACUAUAUUUCCUUCUUGGAAUUGUGUAUGCUGUGGUGACUCCGAUCCUUCUGCCUUUCAUACUGGUCUUCUUUGCCCUAGCAUAUUUGGUUUACCGCCAUCAGAUAAUCAAUGUCUACAAUCAACAGUAUGAAAGUGCUGCUGCAUUUUGGCCACAUGUUCACAGCCGCAUUAUCGCAAGCUUACUAAUAUCCCAGCUUCUAAUGUUGGGUCUGCUUAGUUCCAAAAAGGCAGCUAAAUCUACACCUUUGCUUGCCAUUCUACCAAUAUUGACGUUCGCAUUUCACAAGUACUGCCAACACCGUUUUGAACCAGCAUUUAGGAAGUACCCCCUUGAGGAAGCAAUGGCAAAGGACUUAUUGGAGAAAACCACAGAACCUGACCUGAACAUAAAGGCAUAUCUGGCCGAUGCUUACUUGCAUCCAAUCUUCAGAUCAUUUGAAGUUGAAGAGGAGUUGGUUGAAGUCAGGGUAGACAAACAACCCGAAACUCAAGUUGCUAGUCCCACAUUGAGUGAGCCCAGUUCCCCCUCCCCACUCCAUGAUCAUGUGCAUCAACCUUCCCCACCUCAACAUGUGAAUCAGUACAGUCACUACCCAACAUCACCACCAGGGUAUUACUAUCAUCCUCCUCCCCCUCCUCAUUAUGCUUAUCAGUAUCAAGAUGAACCUUGAACUAGUGCAUAGCAGUUACCAACUUGCUUGAGAGUUGAGACCCACUUGGUGUUUUUAUCAACUUAGAUUUGUGUUUUAGCCUUCUAUAUAUCUAUUACAAUUGUAAAUUAUUAUUUUUCUUAGGUGUAAAUGUUAUGGUUUCUUUUAAAUAUGAGGUUGCUAAAGUAGGUGAUAUUUCACUUCAUCAAGCAGUUUGAAAGAACUCUCUUUUUAUGGGUU